CUAGCGGUAUUGAAUUGAAUAUAUUCCAACCACACAGUAGUAUUUUGGACCACUAGGUGUCGCUAGCUGUAUUGAAAUUGGAAUAUUAAUUCAACUGCCCAUGUGUUAACCUCGUCGUUUAUGGAAAGGAAACGACUAGAAACAUCUCGAAGUUUUUAGUUUCUCGAUUGUUUUUGUAUAAAACAGCGGUGUCACCAGCAUCCAAAACACAGUCUCAUUUAAAUCGUGUUUGUAAUCACAUCUCAUACAUAAUAAUGCCAGGCGUUCCAGAAAAAAAGCACGCAGAUGCUUCAGGUGAUCAAAUUCCACAACCCAGGCAGCCACAGAAUCUGCAAGGUCUAUUAAGGUUUGCAAUGGAAGCACAAGAUGGUGCAACACAAUCCACACCACAACUCCAACCACUUGAUGAUGAAAGAAGAAACUUCCUGCAAGCAGCCCUGCAAUCUAUGUCAGUUGAUGUGAUUGCAAUAAUGAAAGAAAACAUUACCAAACUCCAGCAGGUGGAAGACAUUAGUGAUGAUAAAGUACCUGAGAUGAUUGAAGCAUUUGAUUGUAUACUGGAUUAUAUUGAUAACAUUGACAUUGCCAAUGAUUUCCAUAAGAUCAAUGGCUUCUCCAUCUUUGAGCCAUGCUUGCGCUGUAAACACGACGAGAUCCGCGCGCGCGUUUGUGAUCUCAUCGCGGAAUUAUCGCAGAAUAAUCCGUACAUUCAGGGCGUGAUUUGUGAAUGCACGAAUGUCCUGCCGAAAUUAUUGAAUACGCUGCGGCAUGAUGAAUGCCAGAUUGUGAAGAUCAAAGCAUUGUAUGCGAUUAGUUGUAUAACGCGGGAAAGCCUCAUUGGUUACGGGAAUUUCCAGACGCACAACGGCCUGGAGGCAUUGCGCAGUGCUUUGGAGACGGGCAAUGAUAAACUACGCACGAAAGCUGCGUUUUUGUUAAGUGCGCUGCACAAUUUGGAUGGAAAUCUGCACGAUUCUAUGUUAUCAAUGGGUUUUCUGCCUGUUAUUGUUGAUAUUCUUCAAGGGGAGCACCAAUCUUCACAUGAGCAUCUUUUAAGUUUAUUAAAAUCGUUAUUGAUUGAUAAUAAAAACAAAAUUGGGGAUAAAUUGACGCCGGAUUUGCGACAACAACUCUUGGGGACAUUACAGAGUAAUUUGGAGUUUGUCAGAGGCAAAGAGGAAUUUUCUGAGGAACAAGAGUAUUGCGAACAAUUGCAGCGAUUUUUAAUGCAACAAUAAAUUUUUAAUCAUUUUUCAUGCA